AGGAAGCAUUCACGCGUAGCAAGCAAAUUGUCUGAGUUUGAGCUCCGAAGAGAACUUCAAUUGUGUGAGUGCGGUUCAUUUGAAAAUCUGCCCACGCCUCCUAAGCACUCCGCCAGUUUUGUCUGUACUAAAUCUGCCGGUUAAUCUAAACGACACCUCCAGGAGUGCAUAGUCGCCUAGUAGCCCGGGCUCUGUUUAUCCGAAAGAUUAUCCUACAUUUGUCCGGGUUUUACUUGACUUUAUCAUAAUGGAUUAUCCUGUUUUCAUUAUAUUAAUUGGUCUUUGUUUGGGAUAUAUUCAGUGUUACGGUCAAAAUUUUUAUUACGAAAACCAUAAAUAUUGUGAUGACAUGAGUCCUUAUUUUGGUGAUAUAGAUUUAGAUACAAUUUCUGGAGUUUGGUACGGCGUGGAAAAAAUUCCUCACGGCACCAAAGGUGAAUAUAGGAUAGAGCACACAAAUGAAUGCUUCAGCAUCGAAAUUAAGGAAAUUCACGUACAGCCAACGCCACCAACGCCGUAUCCUCCUCUCACGAACUACCCUUAUGUGGAUCGAACCUAUGGAUUGCCGGAACCAUAUAGGAUAAGGUACUUCGUGUUGGAAUGGCGCGAAGGACUUUGGCAAGAGGACUACCAUGUCAGAGUCAACACAUCACACAAGGGUUUCUGGCCUACUGACGUGCCGGAUAAAUCCGUCGACCAGAACUACCGCUUCUUCGGUGGUGUUAUACAAGUGCUGAAGGUGUCGCACAACCACCUCGUCCUCAACUUCUGCAUGAGACUGCCCAAUUCUCAACUUUACAGCGUUGUGUUGUCGAGGAAUGAAAACCAGCUCACUCCUGAAGAUCUAUCGAGCAUACACAGAAUUUUUUCUAUGAAAAAUCUAUCAACGUCCGCUUUGAAGAGAGUGUGCGAAAAUUCUGCAUCUAGUUUCUAUAUAACAAGAGUUUUGCUUGCUUUUGUUGGUUUCCUUAUUUGGAGAUCAUCUUAGUAUUAAUUUCUAAAACUCUUCAUUAAAAUUAUAUACCUAGAUAUCAUUUGACUGUCGAUGUUUUAUCAUUGAAAUUAUUUGUAUGUUUCAUGUAUUUAUUAAUAAAAAUUACUUUUAUC